AUAUAUAUAUAUAUAUAUAUAUACGAUUCCCCUCCGCCUUCUUGGCUCCUUCGUCUUCGUCGAGUCUUCUCCGGCAGGCAGCUCUGAAUUGUAUCUUCUUCUUCUUCUGCAAAGGGUCGUCGGUCAACCAGAUUCAGAUCGACCGAACAAGAUGGCAGCACCGUCGUAGCUCAAUUUCUCUCCAGUCAGGCAGAGUGCAGGAAAAACAAAACAUAAGCUUGUAAAGAAUUGCAUCGAAUGAUGACUUUGGAUUUCUUCAAAGGAGUGAAUAAUCUAAACCAAGGACGAACUUACGAAAGGAAUUACUCUAGCAGAGAUUUUAAUCAAGGACCUUCAUCACCAUUAUCAUCUCCAGUAAAUCGAAGCAUUCAGGAUCGAAGAGAUACCAAUGAAAAUGUUCACGUUCAUCGCCAGCAGGAUCAUGUCAACAAUGGUCACGGUUCUUGGACCAAUCAUAAUCCGAUGAUUUCAAUCCCAGAAGUUUUACCUAGGGAUCAUCCUCACGCUUACCCUUAUAAUCAACAUCAUCAAGAUUAUCGUCAACAACCCUAUGUCAUCCCAAACGAACAACCUAGAUCAGCAGUGCAUCCAACUACCAGUUAUAACAUCCCAAAUGGUCCAUUUGUACAGGCACCUCCAUUUUCAUACAAUGAAGUCCCACCUAGAACCUCAGCUCACUUUCACGGUUGUCCUUCAUGUGCUUCACCCAUAAUGGUACAAGUGACUGCAGACCUAUCCUAUCAUCAUGUUACCUUGAUUCCGGCUGCUACUGCUAGAAGAAACGCAAUGGCUGUCAUAAAUGGAGCUCAAGUGUACUCCCCUGCUCCAGAAUCAAUCACUCGAACACAUCCAGAGACUGAUGAGGAGGAGGAGGAGGAGGACAGUUUGAGUAACGAAAUGGUAAUAGUGCCUGAAAAGAAGCCGGAAAUGGUAACUGCUCAUAGUGAAGAAGUAAAACGAGUUUUAGUUGAGACUAAAGAAAUGAGAAGAAGCUAUGCUAGUAUUACUGCUGGUAAGACUAUGAACGACAACAAACCUUCUUCUGAAGAGGAAAACAAUCAACCGUCGUUGGAGGAAGAGGAAACAAACACAAACAACGACAAACCUGAUUCGGAGGAUCAAGAAGGAAAAGAUAAUAAGACAACUAAUCCUCAAGUUGAAGAUGCAUAUGAUGGUAAUGGAUUCACUACUGUGGUUUCUUCAAAAACAAAGAAAAAGGUGAAGGCUGAAGCUAAAGCUGCAGCCUUUGCUGAAGUGAGAAGAAUGUUUAAUAAACAUCGCAGGGGGCCACAAAGAGAUCAAAGAGGGGCUGGGGGUGAUCAUGAUAAACGUGGUAUGGGAGGGUCAAGAGAUCAUGGUUAUGAUAAACAUGGAAGAGUGGCAAAGGAUCAUGGACACGACAUACAUAGAGGACCUCCAAAAGAAGGCCAUGAUAAGGCGACAAAAGCUUAAGGUCAGUUGGUUGGGAAUUUGUUUGUUUGUUUGUUUGUUUUCGGUCAAUAAAUGAGAUUUGUUACUCUUCUUUAUUUAUAGUUUAUUGAGAUGGUUCUAUUCUUAAAUCUUAACACUCAAAAUUGCAUGGAAGAUGUAUUGAACACUGUGUUGAUUAGUGUAAUUUGCAGUAACAAUUUUAAAGGUUAAUAGCUCUGUUUUGUUGUGAUCCCGUUUUAUUUUGGUGACUAUCU